CCACCAGAGCUUCGUUGUAGCAUCAAGCCGGUUUCGUUCGUUAUUGAUAUUUUGUGGUUGGAGUUGGCGUAAGCAGCAGGCGAGGCAUUGCAUUCAUCAGAAAUCCCCUUUGCAGAUUCAUCAGUUCGCAAAAAACCAAUCUUCGUUACAAUGAGCGACGACAAGAAGGCCUCCGAUUCUGAGCACAUCAAUUUGAAAGUAUUAGGUCAAGACAAUGCCGUUGUACAGUUUAAAAUUAAAAAGCACACGCCUCUUCGGAAACUAAUGAGCGCGUACUGCGACCGGGCUGGUUUGAGUUUAAACGUUGUGAGGUUUCGAUUCGACGGCAAUCCGAUAAACGAAACUGACACACCAACUACCUUAGAGAUGGAGGAGGGCGAUACAAUCGAAGUCUACCAACAGCAAACCGGAGGACACUACUACUACUACUAAACAAAACGUGCCACGACAGACACGACGCCCAGUUUCCAUCUCCACGCAUUAUAAAACAAUAUAAACACACAAACAAAAAUAUAACAACAACAACAACAAACAAAAUACACACACACAAAAUUUAUAUUAAAUAUUGUUAAUCUCAUAUGUGUAAAUUUAAGUAUAAAAAUCUGUAUUAUAAGGAUUAUCUUGCUAUAUAACUAAAACUGAAGAAGAAACUCUAAUAAUAAUAAUCAUAAAUAAUACAUAUUGAACGUCAA